AUGGGCGUAGCUGUCCGCUCCCCUCAUCGCCCACGGGAACCGCCGCCUCCGGGCACUUUCCCCCACCGAGAGGCCCUCUACAGGGCGCUCCGGGCCUCCCGCGGGUCCCCGGCGGCAGGGUCCCCGGCGGCAGCGGCCCCUCCGGGACUAACACCCCCUUCCCCGAUCCUCCCGAAUGUCACUCUUCCUUGCACAACAGCCUCCCUGACGCAGAAUUCGCACCCGCGGAGAGACGCCGGGGUCUGGCUGCCGACCCUGCCCAGGGACGCCGCCGAGGGCCAGCGUCACUCAACGGUGCCUGGUGUUAACCUCAGCAGGAAGCAGCGUGGCAUCGCUCUCUUCUCCCGGCUCCGCGUCCGCCCCAGGCCGAGCUCACCCGCCACCUCGAGUCCGGCGCAACGAGGACCACGCUGCGGCGCCUGCGCGCGCCUGCGCAGCCGCGAGAGCGUCCACGCGCAUGUGCCUGGACGCGUCCAUUUCCCGGCCGCCCCGCCCCCCCCGCCGAUGGUUCCGUCCGAGGGGGGCGGGGCCAGGCGCGGCGGGAAAAUCGGCGCGGAGCGCGGCACCGCUUCCGUCCUGCGCGGGAGGGAGGAAUCCCUUCCACCACAGUCUCGUCCACUCGUUCACCUUUGGCGUUCUGCCCACCAGGUCUCGGAUCCCGCUGACCCGGCUGACCCGACUGCCCCAGCUGCCCCCGCUGACCUAGCUGACCCCACUGUCUGUGCUGCCCCUGCUGCCCCCGUUGAUCCGGCUGCCCCUGCUGACCCGGCUGCCCCCGCUGUCCCCGGCUCCCCAGAGCAGGCCCCUCUCUCAGCAGGUCUACAGCCCUGCCUGGCCGCUCAGGAGAAGGCUUCCUCAAAAGUCACUUUUUCUGAGCUCAAGUCGUGCCUACAGCGGGCACGGGAGCUAGGGGCCCGGGCCCAGGAGCUGAGGGCAAGUGCCCAGAGGAAGGAUGCUGGGGAACCCAGCGUGCCCGAGGACCAGGGGCACCCAGCAGGGCCAUGUGGACAGAAGGCCCCUGCCUAUCAGCGCUUCCAUGCCCUGGCCCAGCCAGGGCCCCCGAGCCUCGUGCUUCCUUACAAGUACCAGGUGCUGGCGGAGAUGUUCCGCAGCAUGGACACCAUCGUGGGCAUGCUCUACAACCGCUCCGAGACCGUGACCUUUGCCAAAGUCAAGCAGGGCGUCCAGGACAUGAUGCGCAAGCGCUUUGAGGAGCGCAAUGUUGGUCAGAUCAGAACUGUGUACCCUGCUUCCUACCGCUUCCGCCAGGAGCGCAAUGUCCCCACCUUCAAGGACGGCGUUAAGAGGUCUGAUUACCAGCUCACCAUCGAGCCGCUGCUGGACCAGGAGGCUGGCAGCGCGGCGCCCCAGCUCACGGCCUCGCGCCUCCUGCAGCGCCGGCAGGUCUUCGGCCAGAAUCUGGUGGAGCGCGUCCGUGAGCACCACAGGGCCUUCCUGGCCUCCCUGAACCCUCCCAUGGUGGUGCCCGAGGACCAGCUCACACGCUGGCACCCACGCUUCAACGUGGACGAGGUGCCUGACAUCGAGCCGGCCGAGCUGCCCCAGCCGCCCACCACGGAGAAGCUGGCCACCGCCCAGGAGGUGCUGGCCCGUGCCUGCAGCCUCCUGUCGCCCAGGAUGGAAAAGGCCCUGAGUGACCUGGCUUUGCGUACGGCUCAGCCCAGCAGCCCUGGGUCCCCCAGCCCUGCCCUGCUGGCCGCCCCACCGGCCGCCCCGCCUGCGGCCCUGAGGGGGUUGUCCCAGGACCUGCUGGAGAGGAUCCGGUGCAAGGAGAAACGGAAGCAGCUGGCCCAGAUGACGCGGCGGCCAGAGCAGGAGAUGCGCCUGCAGAGGCUGGAGCGGCUGCCCGAGCUGGCCCGCGUGCUGCGCGGCGUCUUCGUGUCCGCGCGGAAGCCAGCGCUCACCAUGGAGGUGGCCUGCAGCAGGAUGCUCGGCAGCUACCCUGCAGCCAUGAGCCCCGGGGAGAUGGAGCAGCACGUGCGGCUCCUCUCCGAGCUGCUGCCCGACUGGCUCAGCCUCCACCACAUCCGCACGGACACCUAUGUCAAGCUGGACAAGGCUGCUGACCUGGCAGAGGUCAUCACACGGCUGGCCCGCCUUGCCCGCGCGGAGGCGGUGCUGUGAGCGCCUCGCAGACAUGGGCUUCCGGUCCCUGGCCUGGCCCGCUGUGUCUGUUUUACUCCCUUUAGGAACACCAUGCACUUUUCCCCCUUCUGAACUCCCCACCAGGCUCUCUGGGCAGUAGGCCUCCCCCGGUGCGUCGUAUCGUCAUUAAACUGGUUU